AUGGGUGGACGUAUUGAUUGUUAUGUGGACAUUGUGUCUUUCUACAGUUAUGUCGGCUUCAUAGAACUGCGACGCAACAUGAGCAAAUUGGCUGCUCAUGGCGUUCAAGUAAAUUUCAUCCCCGUAUUCAUAGGCGGCAUCAUGAACGAAUCAGGAAACAAACCCCCUUGGGUACUCCCUGCAAAGUCCAAGUAUCUCGGCAAAGACAGCCGUCGCUCCGCUGAAAGACUCUCGGCUCCUUACAAAGGCUCACCACCUGAUCUUCUCGCUGUCGCAAAGACCAUCUCGCCUCUCCGCGCUCUGCACUUCAUCAAGGAAAAUUACUCAGAGGAAACAUUCCUAGCUGCUAUUCGAUUUCUGUUUCAUAAGAUCUGGAUGCCUCCUCAUGUCAACCUUGCCGAGGACGCGAAUCUUAUCACAGCGCUUAAGGAAGCGACCGAUGAACUCGACGGGGGCAGCGACAAGAAACUAUUCUCAAAUGAGGAUGUUGAGAAGAUCAUGAAGGGAAGAGAGAGCAUGAAGGAGAGAGUCAAGGAAAUGACCGGUGAAGCUGUGAAGAAAGGUGCCUUUGGAGCACCGUGGUUGAUGGUGACGAAUGGAGAGGGCAAGUCGGAGGCUUUCUUUGGAAGUGACAGAUUCAACCAUAUUUAUAAGUUCUUGGGAGUUCCCUUCCAAGAUGUUCAGAUUUUGCCACCGUCAAAGUUGUAA